AUGGCAGUCUCUUCUCUCUGGCCCCGAAUCUCAACCAUCAUCUCUGGGGUCCUGCUAUCCUCAUGGACGCUCAUCGCACUGGGCUUCACUGCUCUCAACCUCCUCAACAGGAAUCGAACUUUCAUCGGAACAGCCGCUUCAGUCAGUCUUUUGACAUAUCUGGCUGCUCGCCUCUUGGUACUUUCACAAAAGGGUGCUCUUCCCCAUGACUCCCUCGCCCUCUUCUUGACGACUUCUCAUCUACGAUCACGAGAGGAAGCAUUCACGACCUUACUUUUUGCUUGUGCAUGGCUCUACGAGCUCCUCUCUCAGGCUGUUGUCAUGUCAAUUUUGACGGUUCUCGGUGGUACUCUUGCGGCGGCCAUCUAUAAUGAUACCUUUGAAGAGACCAACGCGAUGCAUUUCAGUGACUCGGAUAGAGACCACACGGCGUUGGCUGAGAUUGAUGAAUUCAAGGCGCAGUCUGGGUUUGAUCCACUAGUGGUGCUCAGAGUAAUUCCGCCCAAGGCUUUGAUCUAUCUGGUCGUGCUUCUCUGGGUCAAUUUCGCGGCUCUGGGUCUUUAUGUGCUUCGCUUGGCCUGGAGGUCAGCGAAGGUGGUGCUUGGGUCUCCGCCCCGUCGUGUUAUUUUGAAAAAUGGGGUAUUGACGCCAAGGUGA